AUGAGGAGUUUGGCCACAUCUGCUGCCGCUGCUGCUGAGGGCCCCUCGCUGGGCCCCUGCUCCUCUCUGGUGUCCGGGGUGCUGUACGGCUCCUUCUCCCUGAGAGACCUCUUCCCUGGGGGGCCCGGGGCCCUCGCCAAGGGCUGCUCAUGGACCGUGGAGAACCCGGACCCCACCAAGUACUCCCUCUACCUUAGAGUGCGGCCGCACUCCGCCUUGUGUGGCGGCGGCGACGGCGGUGGGGGUGGAGGAGGAGAGGCAUGGGGGCAUCGCUAUGGAUACGACCCCGUGCUGCUGCCGCUGGACCACCACCUGCCGAACCACACCUGUGCCGCGCCGACGCCCCGGGCGAACUCUGAACUCGACGCACACCAGCUCUGCUCGCGACCCGCGCACGCCUUCCUGCAGUUCGACAAGAACUUUGGUGAUGGGGUUGGCGUGACGACGGGGCCGCUGGUCGCCGUGGACACCCUGGAUGUGCGCCUGGUGGAGGUCCUGCUCAUCAACAACGAGAACUCGUCUCGCUUCACCUGCAGCGUGCUGUGCCGCUGGUUCGAGGAGUGUGUGCGCCUGGGGGAGGAGGGGGAGGAGAGGGGGGAGGGGGAGGGCUGCAGCAUCACACAGACAGGGUGUGUGUGUCCCAAUGCUGCGCCCCCGCCGCCUCCGCACACCACCGACCCCUCCCUGCCCCACCACACGCACGCGAACAACCACACACACCACCCGCCCGAACCCAACAUGCCGCUCACCCCGCCGGACGACUGCUGUGUCACGCAGACGCACCCCAACAACGCCAUCGCCAUAGCGCCUCGGGACGUCCGUCAAGAGCCUGAUGAGGAGGACCAGAAGGUAAAAACACAACGGCCCAGAUCAGCCGACCAACCAGGAGUCUUCCAGGCUCAGACAGGCGACCCAGCUGCGGAGGAGUGGUCUCAGUGGAGUGUGUGUUCGUUGACGUGCGGUCAGGGGUGGCAGGUGCGCACACGCUCCUGUGUGUCCUCCCCCUACGGAACGCUCUGCAGCGGCAACCUGCGCGAGACAAGGCAGUGCAACAACACAGCCACCUGUCCAGUGCAGGGUCUGUGGGAGGAGUGGUCGGUGUGGAGCUUGUGUUCUGUGACGUGUGGCCGGGGCUCUCGCUCUCGGAGCCGCAGGUGUAAAGAGGAGCUCGUCAGCCCCCCCUGCAGGGGACCUGAGGUGCAGCACAAGGCAUGCAACAUAGCCGUGUGCCCCGUGGAGGGUCAGUGGCUGGACUGGUCUCCCUGGUCGUCCUGCAGUGUGUCGUGUGGCGUGGGCGCCCAGCAGAGGCAGCGGCGGUGCAGCCGGAGCAUCCAGGGCUGGGCAGCGGAGUGCAAGGGCCCCCACGCGGACACCAGGCAGUGUGUCAUGCCCUCAUGUGGAGGAGGUGGUAACUGGGGAGAUUGGAAUGCCUGGUCCGCCUGCUCCAAGACAUGCGACUCUGGGUGGCAGCGACGUUUCCGCAUGUGUGAGGGAAGUGGGGUGUCGGGGUACCCCUGUGAGGGGUCGGGAGAGGAGGUGCGCUCCUGCAAUGACAAGAAGUGCCCAGGCCCACAUGAGGUCUGCAAGGAUGAGCAUCUACAGGCUAUCGCAUGGAAACGCGCCUCUGCUGGAGAGACUGUGUACAGCAAAUGUCCAGCAAAUGCUACUGGAUCUGCUAGUCGUCGGUGCCUUUUGGAUUCUAAUGGAGUUGCUUACUGGGGUUCUCCGAGCUUCGCCAGAUGCAUCUCAGUCGAAUAUCGAUUUUUACAUUUAUCUUUACGAGAGCAUCUUGCGAAGGGCCAGAGGACCCUGGCUGGAGUGGGGAUGUGCCAGGUGGUGCGAGCCCUGCUGGAGGCUGUGUCUCGGGGGGUGGCCCUCAGCGGAGACCUGCUCUCCGGCACGGAGCUCCUCCGCAACGUCACUGAUACCUUCAGACGAGCAACAUACACGCCGGCGCAAGACGAUGUGCAGAAAUUCUUCCAGAUUGUCAGCCUGAUGUUGGACAUAGAAUACCUGGAGAAGUGGGAGGAUGCUCACCAGGUCUCUCCCGGUGCUGCUAUGCUGAUGAGGGUGGUGGAGGACUUCAUCCACUUCAUCGGAGAGUCGCAGAAACCCUUCCAGACCUUCCUAGCCGUCACCAACAACCUCAUUAUUUCCAUCCAGCGGGAGCCAGUGUCGGCGGUUUCGAGCGACAUUAACUUCCCAGUCAAAGGUCGGCGUGGGAUGAAGGACUGGGCACGCUCCGCAGAGGACAGACUCUUCAUCCCCAAAGAGGUUUUCAACCUCUCAUCCGGAGAGUCGGAUGAAACAGCAUACUUCGUCAUCGGAACCAUUCUCUACCGAACACUGGGCCUUAUCCUACCUGCACCCAAAAGCCAGCGGGUCAUCAACUCCAAGAUCCUGACCGUGAUGGUGCGACCUCAGCCCAAACUCACUGAACCUGUGGUGAUGGUGGAACUCGCACCAAUGCUCAACGGCACGACAGAUCCACAGUGUGCCACCUGGGAUUACGGGAACAUAGAGCCUGGCGAGGAGAACUGGGAGGCGGCCGGCUGCCAAACUCUACCGUCGCCGUUGGCGACACACACCAAAUGCCUCUGCAGCAGCAUCAGCACCUUCGCCAUCCUCGCCCAGAGAGCUAAGAGCACGGACAUGGGUCCCAUCUCUCUCCCGUCGUUGCCCUUGAUGGUGGGCUGUGGAAUCUCCUGCACGGCCCUUGUCAUCCUGCUGCUCAUAUAUGCAGCCUUCUGGAGGUACAUCCGUUCAGAGAGGUCCAUCAUCUUGGUGAACUUCUGUCUGUCCAUCCUCUCCUCCAAUGUGCUGAUACUGGUGGGGCAAUCACAGACACUCAGCAAGGGUCUGUGUACGGUGACGGCGGCGUUCCUCCACUUCUUCUUCUUGGCGUCGUUCUGCUGGGUGCUGACGGAGGCGUGGCAGUCCUACCUGGCCGUGCUGGGCAACUUGAGGAGCCGGCUCAUACGCAAGAGAUUCCUCUGUCUAGGAUGGGGUCUUCCAGCUCUGGUGGUGGCAGUGUCUGUUGGCUUCACUCGGGCAAGAGGAUAUGGAACCUCCAACUAUUGCUGGUUGUCUCUGGAAGGAGGUCUCCUGUAUGCGUUUGUGGGUCCUGCAGCUGUCAUCGUUCUGGUGAACAUGCUGAUUGGCAUUGUGGUCUUCAAUAAGCUCAUGUCCAGAGACGGCAUUUCAGACAAGUCGAAAAAGCAGAGAGCGGGUGCCCAGGCGGUGCCUUUAGAAGGGCGUAGUCGGCUGCUUCUCAAAUGCUCGAAAUGUGGCGUCAUCUCCAGCACAGCCAUGUCACGAUCCACUACCUCCAACGCCAUGGCGUCUCUGUGGAGUUCAUGUGUUGUGCUCCCUCUGCUGGCUUUGACGUGGAUGAGCGCCGUGCUGGCCAUCACAGACCGAAGAUCAACACUCUUCCAGGUGCUCUUCGCUGUGUUCGACUCAACACUCGGCCUUGUCAUCAUCACCGUACACUGUGCCAUGCGCCGAGAGGUGCAGGAUGCGGUGCGUUGCCGGAUGGGCGGCUGCAAGGACGACAGUGAGAACUCGCCAGACUCCUGCAAGAACGGCCAGGUGCAGAUCAUGCCACGGGGUUGUGUGACAGCCCAGUACGGCUCCAUCUGCCCCCCUAACUGCCCCGGUGCUGUGGGGGGCACCUGUCCCGCCGCUGCCCCCCCUCCCCCGCCGCGGCCCACCUCCUGCAUGCCACUGCGCUUCUACCACAGCCACAGCCUGCAGUACCUCAACGUGGCGGCCAACCAGGUCCCUCCCUCCGGCCAGGGAGCCAAUCACAGCCACCACAGCCACACGCUGCCCAAUCACCAUCAGCACCACAGCCACACGCUGCCCAAUCACCAUCAACACCACAGCCACACACUGCCCCACCCUCACAGCCACCCUCACGUGCACGAGCACGAGCACAGGCACACGGCUGAGGUGGCUCAGGCGGCGGUCACGUGCGGGCACGCUCACGGGCACGGGCACGCUCAUGGCCAUGGGCACUCUCACGCGCUCGCGCACGGUGGCAGCGGCGGUACCCUGGAGAGGGGCGGCACUGUGGACAGAGCAUACAGCAGCCACAGCAGCCACACCACAGAUAUGAGCCACAGCCACACGCCCGACCUGGUGCAGGUGCACUCGGUGCCGCACGAACACGUGCACACGCACACACUACCGCACUCGCACAGGCACGGCCACGAACACAUGCACCAGCACGGGCAAGAACUGGCACACUCGCACAGCGUGCACGCCCAUGCUCAAGAGUACGUGGACGAGCAAGAGUACAACUCUCGGGACUAUGUGCACGCUCAUGAGCUGGACGGUCACGGAUACCCUCACGAGAGAAGUCUACACGCACAGACGGACUUUGAGAAGGAUGUGGACUUGGCAUGCCAAACAGAGAGAGGACAUCCAUUCAUCUUUAAGGAGGUGAACACGUGUAACCCGGCGACCAUCACCGGGACGCUGUCGCGCAUCUCCCUCGACGACGAGGACGAGCCCAAGCUGGCUCACGGAGAGGGUGGCGUGACCUUCUCCACCCUCCCCGGCAACGUUCCACCUCCCUCGCUGCUGGUGCAGGUGCCAGCACACCUUGGCACCCUUAACGAGCUAAACGAGCUCAACGAACCCCUUAACGAGGUGCCACUGAAGGACGGAGCGGACACACAGGGAGGAGGCCACAGGGGUGGUCCGGUCUACCUCUGCACGGACAGCGGACUGGGCUGGGCUCGCCCCCCCACCGUGUCGUCGGGCUCUCCCGAAGGCUCAGGAGGGGGCAGCGGUAGCGGAGGCGGGGGCAGCGGAGGGGGAGGGAGCGGCGAGGGAGACUACAUGGUGCUCCCGCGCAGGACUGUGAGCCUCAAGCCCCCUCCCCCACCACCUAAAGAAGACAGCAAGCAGCCAAUCAGCAGCCUGGGAGUCGACGACCCCCCCUUCCCUCCCCCGCCCUCGCCCAUGACGCUGCAGCCGACGGACGGGGAGCCCUACCCUCCUCCCGAAGCCUUCACCACGCAUCACCAUCACCACCAUCACCUGGCGACGCUCAGCCGCUCCUACAGCACCCUCAAGCAGCUGCCCGCGCACCACGCCAACGCAGCCACACACACACACCCGCACGCGCACACACACACACUCCAGAUCAAGACCCAGCAGCAGCAGCAGGGGCGAGCGGUGGGUCCGAGACACACACUCAGCCCUGGGGCCCUAGAGCGGACACGCACCCUCCCACGCAACCUCGGCAGCACACACGCCAACCCCAGCUUACCACAGGGGUCGCUAGAGAGGAAAAGAGUUCGCUACUCUGAGCUGGACUUUGAGAAAGUGAUGCACACUCGCAAAAGACACUCAGAAUUGUACCAUGAGCUCAACCAGUCCUCUUCCUCCUCCAAGUUCCACACCAUAGACAGGUAUGGCAGGGACCCCACCGCCAUGUCCACUUUCAAGAGGGAGAGGCAGCUCACGGCAGCAAGAGGGCAAAUGACCAGGGAAAAGCGCUGGAGUGGCUCUUCCGGCGGAGGAGAAAAGAACUCGUCGAGUGACAAGUCCUCCGCGGAUGAGCAGCACUGCUGGGACGGCUUCCAGAAUGUGACCUGUGACCCUGCGGGUAUCCAUGGCAACAACCAAUCAGAUCGCUUGGAGCUGCAGAGCCACGGCCACGACACACACACACUCUCGCCCGAAACACAUGACGCCGGAGACUUCCAGACCGAAGUCUGA